UGGAUGUAGGGGCACCAAAAGAACGAAUCUCCUGCCCUUUGCAAGUCCCGCCUGACUGACGAAACUAGCGAGUGAGCGACUGACUGAAUCACUGACUGAGUGACGGAGAUUCAUUCUGUUAAUUUCAAGUGUUCACAUCUGGGGAAGAAAUAAGUGUGAAAUUGCCUAAAUGGACCCACAAAAUCGUUAUCAUGACUUGGAAAAUCUCCUUGAAGAAAUGAAACAUUCCAAGAUCUCAGGCCAAAGAACAAUGGAAUCUAAAGCAGAAUCCCGCUGGAUGGACCAUAGCCGUUCCCAAUCUGUUUCCAAAAAUGGGGUUCUCUAUAAGGAAGAAUUGGAAAAUAAAAGAGAAUACCAAGAAAUAUCAAUUGAUAAUUGGAUCGAAGUGGACGAAUUGGCCAGCUCUCUGGAUGAGUGUAUGGUGAAGUGGAAAGGGGUAGAGAUCCCCAAAAACUUGAUGGCUGUUCCCUCUACCCCGGUUUUAUUCGAGCAUUUCAAGAAGACCAAUCAAGGCGGCAAUAUCAUCCGAGCUCCUGAGGAAGCUAUAGAACAAGAAAUUGAACCUAUUCCUCAACCAGAAUUGCCAAAAGUUGAACUCAACUACUACACCUGUGCGGCUUGUCAGGGGGAAAUUCAAGGCCGAUGCAUCACGGCCAUGUUCCGGAAAUUCCAUCCCGAGCAUUUUGUGUGUUCCUUUUGUUUGAAGCAGUUGAACCAAGGCACGUUCAAGGAACGGGAGGACAAACCCUUUUGUAACAUGUGCUUCAACAGGCUUUUUGGAUAGCACUGUCGAUGGGAACUAUAAUCUUUUUUAAGAGCACCCAACCAUGGUAAGGUUGACAACCAUCAUCAAUUCCAUUGUCCGCAUGUCUUUUUCAAGUUCUUGACAAUCGUAAUUUUUAAAAGUACGUAUAACAAUUUUGAUUGCAGACGUUGAACUGUACUUGUUCUGCGUCCAUUUUAAUGAAUAAAUGAUUUAAAAACACUGUC